AUGAGCCGAUCAAAAGUGGUAACAGGCCACAAUCCAUCCCCAUAUCUGCGUCGAUAUCGAAUUCCUCAGCUGAACACCGUACGAGUUCACGAUGAUCCAUGCACUCCAGAAGAUGAAGACGGCAAAAUUGAGUUGAUUCGAGAAAAAAUGACCGAACUAGCCCAACGAUCGCCAGCACAACCCGCUGCUUGUGCCUCGUCAACCAGCACUGAAAUCAAAAGUUCCCCAUCGCCGACGAUUUCACUCCGCGGUCCCGAGCACCAGAUCUACCGUCAGAACCAGCGCUCCAAUCCUCCGACUUUCUCCUCAACUAACUUCUCUUCCAAAAAACCAGGAAAUUCUUUGAAUGAAGUCUCUCGAAAUCCUCCAUCAAAACCCUCUUAUUUACAGUUUGAAGUGAGUAAUCUGAGGUGGAAGAAUGGUUUUGUU